AUGUCUCCAUAUCGCCUAGUUUAUGGGAAAGCAUGCCAUCUUCCCGUGGAGUUAGAACACAAGGCGUUUUGGGCACUAAAACAUCUCAAUAUGGAUAUUUCAGCAGCUGGAGAAGCAAGAAAGUUACAGCUGAACGAGUUGGAUGAAUUGCGUUUGUUUUCCUAUGAGAAUGCUAAAUUGUACAAGGAGAAGACAAAGAGAUGGCAUGAUGAGAGAAUCAAGGAAAGAGUUUUUGCAAAAGGACAAGAAGUGUUACUUUUUAAUUCAAGACUCAAACUCUUUCCGGGAAAAUUAAAGUCCCGUUGGUCUGGCCCGUUCUUGUGCAAGAAGUGA